AUGCAGGCAUCCCGCGGGGUCUGGGCGGCGGAAGCAACUUACCCGCCUUCAACAGACUUGACACUUAGCAGCGAACGACUCCCCUGGACGAUCUGGGUAAAGAGCAACGUGCACGAGACAGUGCACGUUGCGGAUGUACUGCGAUGCAUAUACCGAUCCCUGCAGACGCCAGUCACUGACGAGGAGUUCGCGGCGCUUGAUGCCGGGCGAUCGUUCCACGUUCACGCGGCUUAUCGAGCGAGGUGCCACCGCUGCCAGACGCCCAAGGAGUAUGAAGAGGAGAAGAAGGUAGGCGUGAGGCGGAUCGACUUCUUAAUGGGACGACAUAUGUUCGCCGGGUUGUCGGCCAGCUUGAGAGAUCGAGCAAGCGGCACCUGGAUUUUGCACAUUCUGUGA